AUGAGUUAUCUGCGCAAUCUUUUUGGCCUAGGGGCUGCCGUUGGGUUCGGCUACUGGAAUGCCACAUACGCUUUAAGGCCUGCAUUUGAAGAGGAGCAAAAGAAGAGGCAAGCUAGAGAAGCUGAAGAAUUAGCACUUGCUGCAGCGAAGGGUUCAGCAGCGAAUGCCUCUAAUCCUAUAGAGCAGGGGCCACACCCAAGCCAUGACCCCAAAGGACAACAGAGGCUCUCAAACAACACGAUUUAG